CCUCAGUCCUCUAUUAGUCUCAUGGAUCACAAACAAGCAUAGCCUUACAGGACGAAGGGGCCAACACAUUGACACAAACACAACGUGUAAUCAAAGAAGGAGGAAAAGAGAGAAAGGCGGUAAUCCUUAACAAUGGAGCAAAUUCCAAAACCUUCAAAUUUGAGAUGGAAAAUUCUUCGCCAAGCCCUUCUUUGGAAAACAUUUGCAGAUGAAUCGCAAUCUCAAUCACAAGAAAUCAUCAAUCACAUUUCCAGAAAAGGAAAAGAAAAUCAAAGCUUUAAUUUGAUUCCAUGUCAACUUCACCCAAUUUCCAGCACUAAUUCUGAUGUUGAGGGUUUAACAAGGGAUGUUUGUUAUUCUUACUCUUUACCCACUUCAAAUCCUACUCAUAAUCUCCUUCUUUUUCAAAGGAGAGACAACUGUGCUAGUAUCAGUGAUUUUGAAAUCUGCAACAAGUAUGACAUUGACAACACUGGCCUAGUAUGUCCAUGGCCUUCUGAGGAGGUCCUUGCAUAUUAUUGCUUGUCACAUGCAGACAUGUUCAGGUCAAAAUCAGUUAUUGAGCUAGGUGCAGGAUACGGAUUAGCAGGCUUAAUUAUUGCUGCUACCUCCGAGGCAUCUGAAGUUAUGAUAACAGAUGGAAAUCCACAAGUAGUUGAAUAUAUUCAGCGAAGCACUGCUGCCAAUCCUGGAGCUUUUGGGAAUACAAUUGUAAAGCCUAAAUUAUUGCACUGGAAUCAAGAAGAGAUUGUGACAUUAUCCCAUAAAUUUGACUACCUUAUUGCAAGUGACUGUACAUUCUUCAAGGAAUUUCAUAAAGACCUGGUUCGAACUGUGAAGUUAUUGCUGAAAGAGUCAGGCCCCUCUGAAGCUAUAUUCUUCAGCCCCAAGAGGGGCGACUCAUUGGACAAAUUUCUGGAGGAGAUUACAGAGGGUGGCUUGCGUUACUGCAUAUUAGAAAAAUAUGAUGAGAGAGUAUGGACGCGUCAUGAACAAUUUAUGAAGGGGGAUCAGUCGUGGCCCAACUAUGAGGCUGAUCACUGCUAUCCCUUGUUGCUCAAAGUUUCACGGUGAAGUCUUAGAAACAUCUCUGAUUUGAUCAAAUUGUUCGUGUUCUCUCUGCUAAGUGUUUAUUGAAGAUCUGUUGCAUGUUCUUUGGUAGUAUUAGUUAUCCUCUUUUCUUGGUAGUUUGUGGGAGUUCUGCUAAUAAUAGUAAGUGAUGCCUUUUGAAGCUGCAGUUGUGACUGAUAUCUGAAAUUAAAAAAAAGUCGCUCUGGCUGUUUAUUAUACUCGUUAAGCAUCUCUCAGAUGCCAUACACCACUACUUUGUUAAGGCCGUCCCUAGACACCCUCUUAAAGUUUGCCAAUAGGUCAGGAGAGCAACCAAUAUUUUUUUCAUCUGCCUUUCCAUUUUAAUAUUGUGAUACCUCAAAACUUUUGACUUCUUGGAAUUCCUUAUCUUCAACAUAAAAAAAUUUGCACACUAGAAGCCUUUGCAUAUGUUCGUCCAUUACGAAAAAGUGAUCCUCGACCAGAUAUAAUGUUAGAAUAAUGUCAAAUAAGAGAUUUUAAGUGGCAUUCUUUUUUUUUUUUGGCUGAACAAGGUAAGUGGUAUUCAUACUUGCAUGAAAUACAACCUUUGGGAUUUCCAUUAGUUUCACAAAAGAAUUUCAGGUAAACCCAUCUGACCUAAUUCCUAGAAUGGAUUUUUACAGUUUCUACAAUUUUACGCUUUUAUCAGAAGUAUGUAACUUGCAAGAUUCUUUGUUUUAUUAAUAUCUGGGAUAGUUAUCUUUCUAGUUGAAAGCGAGAUACAGUAAGAUGAUGCUCUCCUAUUCGCACCUAAAAAAAGAAGAAUUUUUUUUCUCUAUCUUCUUGAGAAAAGUUAGGCUGUCUGAUUCUCUCUUUUUAGCUAUUAAUCUUGGUGGUGUCUACAUGCAUAUCAAGUUGGUAAAGAACCAGCUUAGUUCAGCUGGAUGAGCAUCUUCCUAUGGAAGCUUUGGAAGCAAUUUGGGGUCAUUUGUUUCAGCUCCCACCUUUUAUUUCCUAUUUCUUUAUAUGUUCUCUUUCCCUUUUUAGGAGAAUGGUAGGUUUACUUUUUGAUUCUUUUUACCCCUUUUGCUUUUCAAUCAUCCUUCAAGACAGCUACAUAAUUUUAUCCUUGCUAUUACACUAACCUCUUGGUUAUGCAUGCACCUUCAAUAAUCAAUACUAGUCGUUAUUUAUCUAUCUUUUCUUGUUUCCCAUUAUAACCAGAGUUCGACAGCCAUCAGCAGUUCCAUACUGGGUGGUGGUGGUGGCCUUCUAUUUUCAACUAUUCUUCCUUUGGACUCUAUUUGGAGACGUACCAAAAAAUAAUCCUGCUUUGGAAAUAAUCACCUUUAUGUUUCAGCUAUUUAAAAUGGUUGAUUAGGGAUUUUCUUUGGCGCCCUUAAGCUGUCAUCAGUGGUAAUGUGAAAUUAGAUAAGAAACGGUUACCCCGCGGCCACCAUAAGCAAAUGAGGCACUCUGGAUACAUGAGGAUUCUUAUUUGAAUUUCUUUAAACCUAAUGAUCAUCUCAGAUAGUUUCCCUUUUUAUGUGAACAAUUAAUAUGUGGGAGUUUCAAUCUAAGAUUUUGAAGACAUUAAAGUUCAAGCAAGCUCGUAAAAGCCUAAAAUAUGAUAUGUUUUUGAGUGAGUUAUUUGCAUAAUUCAUCGGUAUGAUUGACUUUGAAUAUUCUGUUUCUGAUUCUUAUGGUUGCAUCGUUGGUAGUGGGAAGGAAAAGAGCCUUUUUGUACUGGGAUAUUUUGCUAAUUUCAGCUAUUUUGGCAGGAAAUGACUAUUGCGUUGAAGAUUAUUGGGAUGAUUUCAGUUGGGUAAUCAGGGAGUUUGAAGGCUUUCCAGCAGAUUAGAGCUGUCUGCUUCAAAAGAAUGUUGUCAUUGGAACAUAGAUAUUUUUACGUAUGCCCUCCAAAAUCUUUACCACUGAAGCAUUAUUAAUCAGUAUUGCUGUGAUUGGAAUUGGAUCCUUUGAGAAAGAGCUGAAAAUGAAAUUUAGUGUAAACAGGAAUGGAAAGAUCUUGCUUUUGCUAUGACGCUACUUAAUUUGCCUCAA